UAAGGAGAUGCGAAAUAAGAGAAGGAGCUAGGUGGGAGAGGGUGAGCCCUACGGUUCAGUGGACCCUUUCCUCCCCGCAUAGCGACACCACUUUGCCUUCUUCUUACUACCUUAGUCCAUAAACACCUCUCUCUCUCUCUCUCUCUCUCUCUCUCUCUCUCUCUCUCUUUGAUUUCAUAUAAAGUUUUGUGUGUGAGUUUACUUGUGGGUGUUUGGUAGAGAGGAAUGACUGCAAUCCCUAUGGAGAUUAGUAGAAGAUGAUAUAAUUGAGAAGAAGGACGAGGAAGCUAAUUUGGAAGACAGCAAGGAAGCAAAAGAGAGUUUUUUCUCCCUUGAUUUAUAGAAGAUCUGAGGAACACAGAAGAAAAGAAGUGGAUUCAUGGGAUCAAUAAAAGGAGAGUAAGAAAAAUCCAGCAAAAAAAAAUUGCUUUUUUUUUUAUUUUUCUUUCAAGACUUCAUGGCGGCGGCUUCGUCCUCCGGUUCCUUCUUCAGUAUCAUAGACGAAGACCACUUCAACCAUCUAAAACACCAUCCGCCGCGGCCCCCGGCGCCGCCUGCGCCGCCUGCAGCGGCAACGUCGGCGCCACCACCACCUCCUAAAAAGAAGAGAAAUCUCCCAGGAAAUCCAAAUCCGGAUGCUGAAGUAAUCGCUCUAUCACCCACAACUCUCAUGGCGACCAACAGAUUCAUCUGCGAAGUAUGCAGCAAAGGCUUCCAGCGAGAGCAAAACCUUCAGCUCCAUCGCAGAGGUCAUAAUCUUCCAUGGAAGCUGAAGCAGAAGAGCAACAAAGAAGUCCGGCGAAGAGUGUAUCUCUGUCCGGAGCCCAGCUGCGUCCACCAUGAUCCAUCUCGAGCUCUCGGCGAUCUCACCGGCAUCAGCAGGAAACAUGGGGAGAAGAAAUGGAAGUGCGAUAAGUGCUCCAAGCGCUAUGCUGUUCAGUCUGAUUGGAAGGCGCAUUCUAAGACUUGUGGGACGAGAGAAUACCGUUGUGAUUGUGGGACCCUCUUCUCAAGGCGUGACAGCUUCAUCACCCACAGAGCAUUCUGCGACGCCUUAGCACAGGAAAGCUCCAGACUCCCCACCAUUGGCAGCCAUUUCUACAGAAACAACAACAACAAUAAUAACUUCGCACUCAGCCACCACCUUUCCUCUCUGCACUACCAAAAUCAGAACCAUCAAAUAUCACCGGAGCUCCUCCGCACCGCCGCCACCUCCACCAUCACCGCCAGCCAAAACUUCUCUACCGGACCACCGUAUAUCGACCACCUCCACCCCCCUCCUCCUCCCACCACCUUCUUCCUAACCGGGGACGACGCGCUUCAAACCAAGCCUUCCUUCCAUGGCCUGAUUCACCUCCCUGAUCUCCAACCCAACUCUCACAACACUUCAUCUUCCCCCUCCAAUCCAUUCAACCUCAGCUUCUUCUCCAACAACAACCAAAACUCUCAAUUCAUCAACAGCAGUGGGAAUCUAAUGAAUGAUCAAAUGCAAGCAGUGUUCAGUAAUGGAGUUCUUCCUCAAAUGUCGGCCACUGCUCUGCUCCAGAAGGCUGCGGAGAUGGGUGCGACUUCGAGCUUGGGAGAGCAGAACUUGAGGGCUCAGGUGGAGAAUCAUGAGAAGCAUUUGAUGGAUAUCAUGAAUUCCUUCGCUAAUGGAAGUCCGGGAGUGUUUGUAGGAGGAGGAGGGGGGGAGGAGGAGGAAGUAGAUGUUAAGUUUGCAGAGUUUGAUGAUGCAGGGUUGUGUAAUAUGGAGGAAGGAAGGUAUCAGAACAAUGGGCUGACAAGAGACUUUCUUGGUGUUGGGAGUAUGUUGAGGAGCAUGGGAGGGGGGAUUGGUUUGGAUCAUGGAGGCAUUAAUAAGUCUGUGAGUUCCAACAGGUUGUAUCAUGCUGGUUCUUUUGGUUCUGGGAGAAGGGAAAUGGGGGAGGAGGAGGAGGAGGAGAUGAGGGGGAAUGGGGGGAAUGGACUGAGGUGAGUCUAGAAAUGUUGCUGCUGGUUUAUGGAGCAGAUGGGGCGAGUUGAGGGGGAAGAUGAUGGGAGUAAUGGAAGCUGUGCUGAAGUUUUAAAGUUGUGAUUGUUGAGUUAGGAACAUAAUGGUUGGAUUGGAAUGUUUUAUGGAGGGGACUUGGAGCAGAUGGGGGGAGUUGCGGGGGAAGAUGAUGGGAGUAAUGGAAGCUGUGCUGUAGUUUUAAAGUUGUGGUUGUUGAGUUAGGAACAUAAUGGUUGGAUUGGAAUGUUUUAUGGAGGGGACUUAUGAUCUUUCGUGCAUGAACUCUCUAUUUUCUUUGUCAUUUAUAGGGCGACAUGAAUAGAUGGCUAUAUCAUAUAUUUGUUGUUUGAUUUCUAUAUCAAGGUGCAAAGAAAAACUCUUGAGAAUCUCUUAA